GGAGAGACUCGCAGAAAGAGAGACGGAAAGAGGGGGAACCUGAGGGAGAGCAACCGCUAAACGGAACGGGAAUCCAAGUUUUUACACUUGACCCGUCUUUUUAAGUCUUUUUAUGUUUGUUUACCUCAUCGUUUUUUGACUACCGGAGACGGGAUACUGACUUUGUCUGCGUGUAUGUGUGUGUUUUUUUUAAUUUUUAACUCUAUCGCCGACACUGAAACCUCGUUUGUUUUGGAUUAGCUAGCUAACGUUAGCUGUUUUUCCCCCAGCAGCUAACGUUAAUCUGAGAAAAAGAAACGGGCGGCGUGGUGGAGAGUUUUCUCACUUCCCUAGCAACGUGCAGGUUUAACGGAGCCGUUAUUUUACCGUUUUUUCUUCCUCCUCCUUCAACGGCGGAUGGGAAACAAGUAACGUUUUCCUCCCCAAGUUUCCCUUCUUUGUUUUCUUUCUCCCGUUUUGUCGUUUUAUGGGUGUUCAUUCGUUUGCGGCGUGGUGGUCAGCGGGGGUGAAGGAGUUCAGAGGAAGGUCGUAGUGGGGAAAGCUGUGUGUCGCUGCACGUUUUUCCUGCACGUAGCUGCUCGGAGGAGUUUCCUGGGAUGUGCUCGCAUCUGUCUUAAAAAGGGUGAGCUCCUGAGACCAUACAAGCAAACAGGGGGUGUUAUAAAGACCUGUGGACUUCAAAGGAGAAAGCGCAAAGCUCGCCAACUCCCGUUCUUGGCUCUGCGUUUGGCGAUAUCCAUAACUUCAGCUCAUGUCGGCUGGAGGAGCACAAGAGGAGGCUGCUUUUUAACGAAAGGAAAAAUACUUCUCAGCAGUUGCUUUUUGAAGUGGGUCUUCCCUCAUUUGGAGCUGUGCAUUACAGAGAAAUGAGCCCGGGGCCAGUGGACCUCCUUCGGGGACCUCCAACACCAACCCCCCUUCCACGCGUGUAGGAUAUUAAUAAUAAUAGUUAUUUCUCUCUUGAUUCACUGGAGCACCAAAAUCAAACAGAUGAACGUGGACUGUCGCCUUCACUUAUGGAAAAUGAAGAUCUUUACUCGCACAUGUGUUGCCAGAACCCAAGAUCACGUUAUUUAGUGGUCUACAUUUUUUCCAGGGCUCACAUAUAUCACAAACUUGGCUGGGAAGAUACUCACAAAUUUACUACUCCCCCCCGGUUUGCGGGGGGCAACGUUGAAUCACUUGACUCUGCUGGACCUUAAUUUUUAAGAGUUUGUUCAAUACUUUUUGAUAUUGAAAUAAAGGACUGGAGACAAGACUGGAGGUUUUUUUUUGUUUUGUUUUGUGUCGAGAAGCUUCAAGAGGAGAGCACAACUUAUCUUCACGUCAAAAUGAGACGGUGGACGCUAAAGCUGCGAGCACAAAUUGUGUUUUUUAUCCUCGUCACCUGCAUUAUCUGCCAGUGUGGACUAAUAAACGGAGAAAUCUGCCAGAGUAAGGACAUCCGGAACAAUGUGACCAACCUCCAGUCGCUGGAGAACUGCACCAUCAUCGAGGGCCACCUGAAGAUUCUGCUCAUGUUUAAGACCAAGGCUGAGGACUUCCGAGGUCUCAGCUACCCGAAGCUGCGAGUUGUGACUGACUAUGUGCUGCUGUUCAGGGUCUACGGCCUCGAGGCCCUCGGCGAUCUCUUCCCCAACCUCACGGUGAUCCGCGGAAACAACCUCUUCUUCAACUACGCUCUUGUGAUUUAUGAGAUGCUGCAGCUGAAGGAGGUGGGCCUGCACAGCCUCAUGAAUAUCACCCGGGGCGCCGUGAGGAUCGAGAAGAAUCCGGACCUGUGCUACCUGGCCACCCUGGACUGGUCCAAGAUCCUGGACUCGGUGGAGGACAACUUCAUCGUGGCCAAUAAGAAUGACAGAGAGUGUGGGGACGUGUGUCCCGGCACGGCUCAAGGUCAGACCAUCUGCCCACAGAACACCAUCAACGGACACUUCAGGGGACGAUGCUGGUCACAGAACCACUGCCAGAGAAUGUGCUUGGACAACUGUAAGCAUGGUGCGUGUAGCCUCCAGGGCCAGUGCUGCCACGACCAGUGCCUGGGCGGCUGUUCGGAGCCGGGUAAUGCAAGUAGCUGUGUGGCCUGCAGGAACCUUCAGCAUGGCAAUACCUGCGUGGAGAAAUGUCCUGCUGGAUACUACGUCUUCAGGGGCUGGCGCUGCAUCAGCUUCUCCUUCUGCCAGGAGCUCCACAAUCAGUGUAGGCAGACUAAGAAGCUGAACCAGGACCGGGAGUCUGGCUGCUACGAAUACGUCAUCCACAAUGGGGCCUGUAUCCCAGAGUGUCCUUCUGGAUACACCACUAUCAACUCCACUACGUUGACCUGUUCGCCAUGUGCAGGCCUGUGUCCUAAACUGUGUGUGGGGAACAAGACGAUCGACUCUGUAACUUCAGCCCAGGCUUUGAGAGGCUGCACUGUUCUGCACGGCAACAUGAUCAUCAAGAUUCGAGGAGGAAACAACAUCGCAGCUGAGUUGGAAGCUAGUUUGGGCCAGCUUGAGGAAAUCACCGGCUACCUGACUGUUCGCAGAGCCUAUGCCCUGGUCUCCCUCUCCUUCCUCCGCAAACUGCGCAUCAUUAGGGGGGAACAUCUUGAGGGAGAUACCUUCGCCUUCUAUGCGCUUGACAACCAGAACCUGCGUGAGCUGUGGGAUUGGUCUAAGCACAACCUGACCAUCCAGCGUGGUCGUAUGUUCUUCCACUACAACUCCAAACUUUGCAUGUCUGAAAUCAAAAAGAUGGAGGAGGUAACGGGAACCAAGGAGCGCAACCAAAAGAACGACAUCGCUGUACGCACCAAUGGGGACCAAGCCUCCUGUGAGACCAAGUUGCUUGAAUUCACCGUGAUCAAGACCUCAUCAAACAUGAUUAUGUUGAAGUGGGAGUCCUUUUGGCCCUUAGACUUCAGAGACUUGCUGGGCUUUAUGGUUCUCUACAAAGAGGCGCCAUAUAAGAACGUGACAGAGUUUGAUGGACAGGAUGCGUGUGGCUCAAACAGCUGGGCCAUCGCUGAUGUUGAACCUCCGAACCGUUCCACGGACAACAAGAAAGCAGAGGAUCCGGGGCACCUGAUCCGACCUUUGAAGCCCUGGACCCAGUACGCCAUUAUGGUCAAAACCCAACUGUCUGCAUCUGACGAGCACCAGGUGCAUGGAGCCAAGAGCGAGAUCAUCUACGUCCGCACCAAUGCCUCCAAACCCUCUGUGCCUCUGGACCCCAUCUCCUCCUCCAACUCCUCCUCUCAGAUCAUCCUGAAGUGGAAGCCUCCCAACAGUCCCAAUGGCAACAUCACCCACUACCGCGUCAUCUGUCGUAAGCAGGCGGAGGACAGCGACCUCUACAAGUUUGACUACUGCCUCCAAGGGAUGAAGCUGCCGUCUCGUACCCCGACCCACCUGGACAGCGAGGAUGAGCAGAAGUGGAACCAGACGGAUGAGCCUACGUCAGGGGGAAGGUGCUGCGCCUGCCCCAAGACAGACAACCAGCUAAAGAAGGAGCAGGAGGAGAUUGAGUACCGCAAGACCUUCGAGAAUUACCUCCACAAUGAAGUCUUUGAGAGCAGACCGUCUCGUCGCCGACGCUCAGUGGGAGUUGCCAACGCCACCAUUCCCUCUCUUUUCCUCACCACAGCCCCCAGUCUGGCAUUAGGCUCCACAACAGCCACCCCUGAAGACGAAGACGAGGAAGGAUCCAAGGUGGAGCUGAAGGUGUUCUCAAAGGAGUCGACGGUCAUCUCCAACCUGCACCACUUCACCAGUUACAAGAUAGAGAUCAUGGCCUGCAACCAUCCGUCAGACCUCAAACGCUGCAGUAUGGCGACUUACGUCAGUGCCCGAACUAUGCCAGAGGAGAAAGCAGACGAUAUCCCAGGCCCUGUGACCCACGAGAUAGUGACAGGCGAGCCUCCGUAUGUGUUUAUCAAAUGGAAUCCACCUCGCUCCCCGAACGGCCUCAUCAUCCUGUAUGAAGUGUUCUACAGGAAGGUUGGAGACUCAGAGGUUCACACAGCGUGUGUGUCACGGCCAGCCUACCUCAAGUUUGGUGGCACGAAGCUUUCGCUUGUGCAACCUGGUAACUACAGCGUGAGGGUCCGCGCCACCUCCUUGGCAGGAAAUGGCUCCUUUACAGAAACCACUUACUUCUUCAUGCCCAAUCCGGAUCAAGGUUUAAUUUGGAUUGUGAUGGGUCCAGUCAUCUGCUUCAUCCUGCUGCUGUUUGUGGGAGGUGGAGUCUUUGUGAUCUUUAAGAAGAGGCAAACAGAAGGGCCGACAGGACCUCUUAUCGCCUCCUCAAACCCUGAGUACAUCAGCACCAAUGAUGUGUAUGUUCCUGAUGAGUGGGAGGUGCCCCGGGACAAGAUCACGGUGCUCAGAGAGCUGGGUCAGGGCUCCUUCGGCAUGGUGUACGAGGGAAUUGCCAAGGACAUCAUCAAAGGAGACCCGGACACGCGCGUGGCCGUCAAGACGGUCAACGAAUCGGCCAGCCUGCGAGAGAGGAUCGAGUUCCUCAAUGAAGCCUCCGUCAUGAAGGCUUUCAGCUGUCACCACGUGGUGCGACUUUUAGGUGUGGUGUCCAAAGGUCAGCCCACUCUAGUCGUGAUGGAGCUGAUGACCCACGGUGACCUGAAGAGCUACCUGCGCAGUCUCAGGCCGGACUCUGAGAACAACCCCACAGGCCGUCCACCACCUACACUGAAGGAGAUGAUCCAGAUGGCUGCAGAAAUUGCAGACGGCAUGGCCUACCUCAACGCCAAGAAGUUUGUCCACAGAGACCUGGCAGCCAGGAACUGCAUGGUGGCGGAGGACUUCACCGUCAAGAUUGGCGACUUUGGUAUGACCCGAGACAUCUAUGAGACUGACUACUACCGUAAAGGAGGGAAGGGCCUGCUUCCCGUCAGGUGGAUGGCUCCAGAGUCUCUGAAGGACGGAGUCUUCACUGCCCACUCUGACUGCUGGUCGUUUGGCGUUGUGCUGUGGGAGAUCAGCACGCUAGCGGAGCAGCCUUACCAGGGUUUAUCCAACGAACAGGUUCUAAAGUUUGUCAUGGAUGGAGGAUACCUGGACCGGCCGGAGAACUGCCCCGAAAGGAUGCACAGCCUAAUGCAGAUGUGCUGGCAGUACAACCCCAAGAUGCGGCCGAUGUUCCACGAGAUCAUCGAGAUGCUGCGGGAGGACCUGCACCCGUCGUUCCAGGAGGUCUCCUUCUUCUACAGCGAGGAGAACAAAGUCCCCGAGACAGAGGAGUACGACCUGGACCUGGACAACAUGGAGAGCAUCCCACUGGACCCGUCGUCAUACUCCCAGAGAGAGGAGAGCUUAGGCAGGGACAGCGGGCCCUCGGUGGCCCUCAGGGGGAACUAUGAGGAGCAUGUCCCCUACACACACAUGAACGGUGGCAAGAAAAACGGACGAAUCUUAUCGUUGCCCAGAUCCAGCCCUUCCUAACAUUUCCUGUUUCCUAAAAAGAACUCGUUUAACCCGCCCUUCCCAUCCUUCUUUCUCUUCCAGUCCAUUUUCUUCUGUAUCAUGUUCCUCUCAUCAUUUUCUAAUGAUUUUCUUAUUCUUGGAGAAGCCCUUCAAAAAAAAAAAAACAGACACACAGAUCUCAGGACUUUUUAUUUUCUUCCUCAUGGCUGCCGCACACAGGCAAGCAAGAGAUGCAAACAUGGUGUAACACUUUUUUAACUUCCUCCACAACACAUCGGACUUUCUAUUACCAUAUUACCUAUCUAUUGUUUUUUUCACUAUUGCCACGUUUCCAGGACUCCUCGUGACGGAAACACAGAUAAAAAAAAAAAAACUGUGAACACAACAAACCUUAGACAACCAAGAAGGCUGCUUUUGCUCAAUCUCCUCAAGACUUGUCCCUCCUUCUCUCCCCACCAAUCUGCAUUUCCACACAUUUCUGUGCUUUGUUUUCUCUCCAAGUGAAAUCUUGUUACUCAGAUAGUGGCCUUUUUGUAUGUGGCCUAUAAACAAAGAGAAGUGUCUAUCAGCUCUUACACUAAUUUCCUUUUUUGAACAAUGACUUAAUCAGUUUGGAACGGUGGGAUGACUUUCAAAGACUUGAUCCUAGAACAAACAUCUAUUCCUAGAGGAAUGUUUUCUUUUUGUUUUCAUUUUGUUUUUGUUCUGCAGAAUUCCAAACUACACACAGAUUCAUCGGGUGUUUGGUGAAUAGUUUUAAUUUAUUUGCUUUUAUUGUUAUUUUCUCUCCUCUUUUCCUCUUCUCUUUCUCAGUUUUUUUUCUGUGUCCUCACUAUAUGGCUGAAGGAUAUUUAAACAGUUAAGAAUUGGACAAAAGAGUUCCUCAGACUGACCAAUAGCUGCUGCUUUGAUAUAUUUUAGUGGGUAUAGAAAUAUAUAAAUAUAUAUAAUAUAUAUAGUAUAUAUGGAAUAUUGGUAUUUAUGUACCAAUAUUUUAUAUAUAAUAUAUGACAUAUUGAUGUUUUUUGUAAAUAGUUCAUAUUUGUAAUAUUUUUCAUCAGAAGCUUUGCUAGCGUUUUGUUUUGCCGGGUUUUUCUUUCUGGGUUUUUUAUUUUUAAUUCUCUUAUUUUUAUAGCCCCAGAAAUCACACUAAUCUACCAUCAGUGCUCUCUGUGUCUUAGGCCUCCUGUCCCCCGUGAGUACUCUCGCUCCAUGCGGAUGGGAAAGGAGGAAGCCCCGAAAUAUUGUCAACUCACUGCAUCAUUUUUUUUAUAAACCUUGUUCCCACUGAGAGCUGUCAAUAUUUAGAGGCAACUUUACUACUACAACAAAACAAAAAAUGAAAUAACCAAAAAAAAAAAAACGAGCUUUAUAAAAGGGGAAUGAGGUCUUUCUAGGUGGAAGUGCGCCUGAUGUGUUUGUCUCCGUGUCUGCUGUCUCUCUGGUCAGAUCACGCUGGAGCUGAGGUCUGUUAGUGUUUGUUAUCACAGGUUUAUUAUAUCGUUGUGAUUGUACUGCCUUAUGUUGGCGUAACAGCGAUGGCUUUUCAGUUAUGUCGGUGCUGCUCGGAUCAGGGCAGGGAGGGGAAUUAACAACAGCUAUCGGCCGAGUGCAGGUGAAGUGGAACAAUGAGGCCCUCUUUUUUUUUAACUUAUUUUUUUGUCUGUUUUAUGACCAGCACUAAACACCCUCAUGAUUUACAUCAGAGAGCGGUAGCAUUCUCUUCAUCUGACCUGAGAUCUGGCACAGGUCAGGACCUCAGUGUUAGACAGAAGGUUCUAUUAAACUCACACAUUGCGGUCCCAUCACACUGACUACGUUUACUUGCACACUAACAUGCCCUUAUUUUUCAGAAUAAGACAAUAUUCUAAAUUUGAUGUGGUCAUGUGAACAGCAUAUCCCAUUUGGAUAUGGGUAGCAUAUUCCAGUUAAAGACGCGGGAUAUGCUGGUAUAAUUCAGGUUUUAGGAGCAUUCUUUGGACAUGUAUGCAGUGUAUUCAGAAUAUGCAUCACAAUUGGGAUUUUUACUGCAGUUUGCAACGCACAGCUUCUGUGUGUUGUACACAAACCAACAAUUUGCAUGGCUGUGAAGUAGAGGUGCAUGCCCAAAAGUAAAUCCCACAUUUCCGAUCCAAAGGAAAAACACACCUACUUUUAAACAUUAUGAAAACUGGUGGUUAGCAUUGUCGCCUCACAGCAAGAGGUUUCGUGGUUCAAACCCUUCUGUUUGGAGUUUGCAUGUUCUCACCGUGUCAGCGUGGGUUUUCUCCGGGUACUCCGGCUUCCUCCCACAGUCCAAAGACAUGCAGGUUAAUUGGUGACUCUAAAUUGUACGUAGGUGUGAAUGUGAGCGGUAAAGGCUGUCUGUCUAUGUGUCAGCCCUGUGAUAGUCUGGCGACCUGUCCAAGGUGUCUCGCCCAGUGUCAGCUGGGAUAGGCUCCAGCCCCCCCCGCGACCCCCAACGGGAUAAGCAGUUGAGGAAAAUGAAUGAGAAUAAGGGCAAAAAUCAGAGUAGUUUGUGCAUGUAAACGUAGUCACUGUCAUUCAGUUUGGUUCGCUCUGCACCACACACACCACCCGCACGCUCUCUGCCUCCUCACUCUUCCCGAGGCUUCCCAUUGGCUGCCCAAGUCACUGCUCAAAAUCAGGGCUGUUGGAAAUUUCCACGUUUUGUGGUUGAGGGGCUGGAGAGAAAUGCGGAAAGUUCCAACUGUGUUCAGAGUCCGCAGCAGGUAGUGGAGAGAGGGGCAGUCUCUCUCUCUCUCUCUCUCUGUCUCUCUGAGAGUGUGUGAGUGAUUUGCUAAUCCUAUUAUUCUCUCUGCUAUCACAUGCAGUUAGGCGGUCAGGACACGGUGUGCAGCAGCAGCUAUUUCACUCAGGUCUGACAUUCCAGGAUUUAGUUGGAACUGCUCGUUCCCUCACCCCAACCCUCCACCCCCACCCACCCACCCACCCUCUGUUUUGCCUGCCUGCUGGCAAAGCUGAUACCAUCACCACACCCCAUCAGAUUCACAGCACACAUGAAAGACUUUGUUUUUCCUACUUAGAAUUUGAAUAUUUGAAGUUUGUCCCUCCUGCCAGGAAUCAGAAACAUUCCUGUCGACUGAACCGUCACACAAAGCUACAGAGAAGUUAGUCGUCCUCAUUGCCGACAUCUCGUCGUGUCUCUUAAGAUCAUUAAUUCACUCUGACCUUCACUCAGAACCCAAAGGCCGUCAGAGUUUCACAGCAGAUCCUCCGCUCCUCUCUCAGUGCAGUCAGUGACGUGGGAGGUGAUUGUGAGCAGACUUAUUUUUUUUUUAUUUUUCUGGACACACAGACCGGUGUGGUUGCCAAUCCAGCCGAACAGCAUUCAGCACUUAUAGUAUAGCCAAAGUGUUGGCAGCUUUCUGUCAACAACCAGAACCCACAGAAUCAGAGUCAGAGAAAGCAGAGAAGCUGCCUCCAUAUUUUACCAGUGCCUUCUCAAACCCAGAGCCACGUCCAGGCUAGUUACAUCGGCUAGUAACACACACACUUACACACACACAUACACAGGCCUCUGUGCUCUCUCUGUAUUUCUUCACAUGAGGCAGGAGAGGCAUAGAAAUCGAAGCUGCAUCUACAUUUGUGUUUGUAAGGUUACAACUUUGUUCUUAGCUGGAGAAGCAGAAGUCUAUGGGGCAGUUUAUUUUCUUAUUAUUUUAUAUUUUUGGUUUCAGCUUGUUGCCAGCAUAAGGUUUGAACGCUGACGUUCACCUCGUGCUUUGGCGGUGACACUGUGGAUUGGCCAGAGUCUGUGCUGUCGUGCACUCAGAGGUGCCCGAGGUUAUGAUGUAGAUUUUAGCUAAUUAUACAGAGGAACUACAAUCUUGGGCUUUUGUACUUUGUAAAUAAUCUGUGACAUAGUUUGGAAAAUAAAAGCAGAAAAAAGGUAUAUUAAAAAAAAAAAAAAAAAAAAAUCUGAAGCCCGUCAGUUUUGCGUACAUGACAGAAAAACGGUGGACCUCAGCUGUGUCGCAGUUCCACACUAUGUACUAAAACUAAAUUGUUAUCUUAAUACUAAACUGUUUUGGCAGUACAUCUUUGAGUGUACUUAAUUUCCCAGUACGAACACACUACAUACUCAAAACCCAGUUAGAGUUAGUAUGUAGUAUGGAAUCGGGACACGGCUCUCAUCUCCACCUCGACCUAGGUUGCUUAUCUUGUGGUGGUGUUCACACGCAUAUGCAAUUUUUAAUUAAGAUGGUGCCCAUAUCUUUGAAAUACCAGAUAUUUAUUUUAUUAUGAUCAUUGUCAUUGUAUAAGAAGAACACAGUUAGCUUUUUAGUGGAGCGUUUUUAAGGUGUUUUUGAGAGUGGAGCGAUGUAAAAGCCUAGUUUGUUAUUGUACAGGUGGAGUAGCUGGUGGCGAGCAGCAGGAGUUAGUUAGUUAUUUAGUUAGUUAGUUAGUGAGUAAGUAAUUGUCGUCGUCUUUGUGUUUUGGCCAGAGUCUACCUCAGUGCAUAUGGAGGAAUCAGUCUAAAGAGCCUAAAAUCAUCCCCGUCAGUCUCUCAGUAUCCCGUAAAGUCAAAUAAUAUCACUUUCUCUAACAUUACCAACACUGCUGAUGAAUUCCUUUCCCCCCCGUGGUGUAUUAACUCCCUCUGCCUCUUCUCAGUUUUCUCUUCUUCUUGUGUCCCGGGGGAAGCUGCCAUCGACCCCUGCAGUAUGUGGAUAUUGUUGGGAGCAUCAUAUUUUGCCCUUUUCUGUUUUUAAAUAUCUUGAGUGUAAAGCUCCAGUCAUCUGUGUAGAGUCUAGGGAUAUGCUUAGUAUCCCUCUCCUCAUGAUUUUUACCCUCAGCACUUAUUAAAUGUGGAACAUGAGGCUGUAAAUUGACUUUAUCGACACUCUAUCCUUCUCAUCGUUGCUAUACAGUUUAUAAAAUUACUCACAAGAGGCCUCCCCCGGGCACUGGAAGAAGCAGCAAAGCUUUGUUGUGUGUGUGUGUUCCCCUUUUCCGCAUACACCAAUCAUCUGGACUGUAUGUAGUAGCGGCUGUACUGGUUUCUGGGGAUGUGACAUUAGCAUGAGUCAAAAAAAAAGAGCGUCUCUUGACUCUCUGUGCGUAUCUGUGAUCACCUACAUGCAGCCACGGCUCAGCCCUGGACCCUCAUGCUUUGUUAAAAAAAAAAAAAAAAAAAAAUCACAUCUAGACUGAACCUGUUGUCUGGCAGAAAGCCCUACUCUUCUUCUUCUUCUUCAGUCUGUCGAUCUGUUUCUUUGUGGUCAAAACAGUUAGCUCCCACGUCUCCUCCAGUCGUUGUCGGUUGAUUUGUCUGUUUCUCUGUUCUGAUUUUUUUUGUUUUGUAUGUAUAUUUUUUCUACUGUGAAUAUCAAGAGAUGACCUUUAUUUUCUGUCAAUGCCAUGGAUUGGGUCUGUUUUGGCUGAUCAGGACACUGAUGUCUGGGCUGGUUAAAAAGUUUUAAAGAGGAGCACCCCCGCUCUGCAAAGGAAAAGAAAAAAAAGCUGGACUGGGACAAUCCUGUGUGCCAUAAGAACUAUUAAACAGACAUGAAAUCUAGAUUGUAACUUUUUGUCUCAGGGAGGCGGCCUGAUGCUUUGUGGUUGGAGGAUAAAGAGGACGAGGAGGAAGAAGAGCUACCUACCUACCUUUUAUCUACUCUGACUGAAGCGCAAGUUCUCAGCAUCCUUGCAAAAAGCAAAAUGGUGAUGAUAAGUCCAAGGACAAGUUUUCAACAACAAAAACCCAAACACCCUUUUGUCAUGAAUCUGAAACCCUUCUGCCCCCCUUUGAAGAUAAUCAGGAAUCCUCUCUGUCUGGCGUGAUGUGGUUUGGACUGCCCUCUAGCGGUUGGAUGGGAGCGUUGCAGGUCAGGGGUGGCAAAGCAAACAGGGCCACCGACCCAUAGUGCCUUGCUCAGACUAACGGCCCGCCUGACCCCUCCCACCCAGUCCACUCCCCUCAGAGCAGAAACGUGUCUCCACCAAUCACUAAAGAGGAUUUUCCACCUCCAAACAUGAAAUGAAAACACAGAAAUUAUGUUUUUACACACGCUGUGUUGUUUAGUUGUAACUGCAGAGAGAAACCUUCUCACUGCUUGGUGGGUAAAUACUGUAAUUUAGAUCAUGACUGAUGAUUUUUACCAAAAAAAAAAAGAACCCAUGUUGAACUUGUGUCUCUACUCUGCUAAGCUCUGGCUUGCUUUGUGCAUGAAAAAUGAAUUAUCUAUACCAGCAGAUAGCUUAAUAAUUUGAUGCUUAUUGAUUUUGCUUUUCAUCAUCAGUCUGUUUUGACAGCCCCACAUGCACAUGCAAAAACCCCGUGAUUAGCAACAGGUGAUUGCAUUACACUUUGGGGAUUUCCAUAUGAAAUGCAUUCAGUUGUUCCUUGAUUCUGAAAAUGAAUAAAUGGAACUGAUUAAUAAGCUCUUAACUGUAAAUAGCAGCAGAUCCUCGGCCCCCCCGGGAAACGAAAGCACUUGAUUUUUAGGGAAGUUUAGGUUUGUUUUGUUGAACUCUGAUGACCUGAAACGCGGUUGGACAGAGCAUGCUAGUGACGCAGUGCAGGGUGAGAACAAAGCAUUGUAUGUAUUAUUGUUUUGUUUUAAAGAAAAGAAAAAAGUAUUACAUUUUAGAGAUGUUGAUUUCUAUUUUUUUUAGCCAAAGUAUGGAGGGCAAAUACAAUUACUUUUUCUGACUGUAAACUUUUACUACUCUUGUACAUUAUGAAUUUAACAUUGUUAUCAAUGUGUAUAUAACUUUUUUUCUAAAUUUAAAGAUAGCUUUUUUUUGUUUUGAUUUUUUUUUUUUUUUUUUUUUCAUGACACAACCCACUACACAGAAAAAGAGCUGAGUCAAGUCUGUCGAUGUAUUUAACAGGAGCAGCACAACUCCGGUCUGAGGGCUUAUUAACCCUGUGUAACAAGACAUAAAAACAGUAUGUGGCCUGAAAACGUUUCGCAAACGAACCCUGCUCUUAAAAACCGAUGCAUGUUCUGAAUGUCGUCAUGCAUUUCAACCACCCCCCCACCCACAGCAGCAUGUCACCCAUAAAGCCUUUCUUGUGUCACAAAUACGUCACCUAUCACAGAUGUUGUUGUAUGAAAUCGUUUCUGACAGAAGACGUGUGUUAAGUUUGCAAAUGUUUUUGGUUUUUUUUCCUUUUUUUUUUUUUUGUGUAUGUGAAAAACUGGAAAAGACCACUGCACAUCCUUUUGAAGAAGAGGAAACACGAGUGAUAAAAUCCUGAAUAAGCUAAAAAAAAAAAACUUUAUUGAUGGUUCAACAACCAUACAUCUUUAAGUUUAGACUGUAAAGCUGGAGGUGUUAGAGUAAUAGACAUUUGGGGGGAUACACUUAUUUGCCUUCUUGCUGAGAGUUAAAUGAGAAGAUUGAUACAUGGUAAAUAAAUAAGCUGCAACCAGCUGCGUUAGCUUUAGCUUAGCACAAGGAAUAGAAACAGAUGUAAACAGCUACCGUGGUUUUGCCCGACAGUUAUAAAAUCCGCCUAACGACACCUCUAAUGCUCAUUAAUUAUGUAGCCGUGGCAAUCACCAGAUAUUAUACGAUACGAUAUGAUACGAUACAGUAUGAUAUGAUUCAAUACCAUCAUGAUACUUAAGCCAUGAUAAAAUAUUAUUGUGAUUUUAAACCAUUUUUGUGAUAUGCUGAGUAUUGCAAUAACAUAAUGUGAUUAAUUAUUUUUUAAGUUGGAAAUUAUGUCCGCAGAGGAAACCUUUAUCAACAAAUCUUUUAUCUAAAAUGUUUUCAGACUUAAUGUCACUUCUAUAUCUUUUGUUGCAGAACACAUGUACCUAGUAGACUGAAAAAGCUUUUUUUUUAUUCCAGAAGGCCGGCAAAAGUUCAAUUUGUAUUUGCAAUUUCAAUAAUUUAGAUAAUAAUAAAAGAAACAAUACUUGCUGUCCAUGUAUCGAUACAAUAUUGGCAUGUAAAAUAUCGCAAUACUAUGCUGUAUCGAUUCUUUCCCCCACCCCCGCCAUUACCACACUAUAUGUCGUUUAUUUAUUCUGUAAAAAAAAAUAAAAAUACAUAUGUCGACUAGAAGCAGCAACUUCCUGUUGUAUCCAGUUGUUUCCUGGCAUCGGAUCCUGACCAAGAAAUUUACUGGCACGUUUUUUUAAGCUUUGUUCUUGUCCAGAUAAAACAAAGGAGAUAUCACAUGUCAUUUAGGGAGCUUUAAAUGUGCUGUUAUCAUUGGACAGAGCAAAGCUAGCUGUGCUAAGCUAAGCUAACUAGCCGCUAGCUGUAGCCUUCAGAUGUUAUGUAGCAUCGUUCUUUUCAUCUAACUCUCUGCCAGUAAGUGAAGAAGCAUAUUUCCCAAAGUGUCGAACUGCUCCUUUAAAGGAGGCUCAGCGUAAAGGUGAAACACCUUCAGCUAUGAAUGAAUUAAGUACUGUCUGUCAGUAGUGUGAUGAUGAACUGUUCAUAUUUGUGUUAUUGAUUAGGGAGAGAGACGCCAUUGUUUAAAGAUAGACAGUGGGCGUUGCAGGUGUGAUGACCCUGUUGACAAAUCCGAGGUAGAGCUGCCUCUUCUUUUCGUUUAAAGACCCAUCUGUCGGUCCAGUGGUCUGCUCCAGUUUACACACCAGUACCUUAUAUUUAUCUCUAUCCUGUUCCCUGUGCUGUACGUCGUUUAAAUCAAUGGAGUUGUGUCCGUGUCGUCCUCUGUUGAAGUCUUUACCACGGCUUUCUUUGUCUCUGAUCGCUGCUCCUCCUCUUCCUCUUCUGUGUCCUUCAAGUCUUUUCUCUCCUCAGUGCACAUAGGUGGUCCCCAGAAUGCUGUGUGUAGUCUUGCAGGAUACCUCUUUAUUAAUGUCAUUUAUUGCCGAUGAAUAUGCUGAUGUAUUAAUUUUUUGGGAUAUGUUGUGUAAACAUUAUGUUGAGACAUCGUUGCAGACAGCAGGUGUAUAUGUGUGUAUGUACAGUCCAAAAAAAAACAAUCCCAAAACCCGCAACCCACAGAGAUCGCUUCAUCCAUCACACUGGAUCCAAAUGUGCCAUUAUCUUUAUGUAUCACAUAUAUCGACAUAUUGAAAACACACACACACACACAUACACACACACAGAAAUACAUGCAUAUUGUACAGGAUCAAAAAUGUGCCAUGACUAAAUGAACGCUUGACAAUUUAUUUUUUCUAUGUUUUCAAAGGAGAGCCAAGUAGUGACAUGUACAGAAAAUGUUGCAAUGAUAUGAAAAUAAAAAUCUUGCUGUGUGUAAAUUAUUCAACAAUUAACUGUUUAUAUUAAAAUUAUGAAUAAAAUUAUUGGAGAAUA